AUGUCGGGCGGCAUCCAGGACGUGCGCGCGGAGGACAUCACGGCGAUCAACUCCGAGUCCGGCGUGCGCAUCAAGACCGCCGUGGGCCGUGGCGCGUACGUGAAGGACGUGUUCGUGCGGCGGAUGACGCUCACCACCAUGAAGUGGGUGUUCUGGAUGACGGGCAACUACAAGUCCCACCCGGACGACAAGUACGACCCCAACGCCAUCCCCGUCGUGGACAGCAUCAGCUACCAGGACGCGGCUGGAGGGCAUCCAGGGCGCGCCGUUCCGGGGCAUCUGCGUCGCCAACGUCACCGCCGAGCUGUCCAAGUCCAGGAAGUACCCCUGGACGUGCGCCGACGUCGAGGGCGUGUCGGUUAA